CCAGGGAGGAGCUGUCAUUGGCCAGUCACCAGGAAGUGGGGCACUCUAGAAGCACGCAGCCUUGUUGUCUUGUCACAGUCAGAGUCCUGGAGACAGAUCUCUGCAGCCAUGGCUCUCCGGCUGUGUUCCCUGCACCUGAAGACAAGCAGGCUCCCUGGAUCUCUGUGCAGGCUCUUCUCACUCACAGCCCCGGCCAGCCAAUCCGCUGCCCAGGCUUCCAGCGUUCUGUAUACCCCAGAACACCACGCCAUCAGGGAGUCACUGCGAAAGAUAAUAGACACUGAAAUCAACCCAUAUGUAGACCAGUGGGAGAAAGAAGAACAGUUUCCCGCUCAUCAAGUGUUCAAAAUCCUUGGACGUGCUGGGAUGUUGGGAGUCAGCAAACCAACUGAAUAUGGUGGAAUGGGUUUGGACUUUUCAUACAGUAUCGCCAUUGCAGAAGAACUUGGCAAUAUUAAUUGUGGCGGGAUACCGAUGGCCAUAGGAGUUCAGUCUGACAUGGCGACCCCAGCACUGGCAAGAUUUGGAAGUGAUGAGCUGAAACGCCAGUUCCUGGCACCGACCGUAGCCGGAGAUGUGGUGGCAUGCCUGGGGGUCAGUGAAGCUGGAGCUGGGUCUGAUGUGGCAAGUAUCAAGACCACAGCGGUGAAAAAAGACGAUGAUUACGUUAUUAACGGCAGCAAGAUGUGGAUAACAAAUGGAUGCCAAGCCGACUGGAUGUGCCUCCUCACCAACACCAGCAAUGGACCUCCACACAAAAAUAAGUCUCUUAUAUGUCUGCCUAUGAAGACACCUGGUGUCCACGUCACCAAGAAAAUUGACAAAAUCGGAAUGAAGUCAUCAGACACGGCUCAGAUAUUCUUUGAAGAUGUCCGAGUUCCUAGUAAGAAUUUGAUAGGGGAGGAAGGAAUGGGAUUCAUGUAUCAGAUGUUGCAAUUCCAAGAGGAACGAAUGUGGGGAGCCGCGAGCGUUCUCACACGCAUGGAAAGCAUCAUCCAAGAAACAAUUGACUACACCAGCCAGAGGAAAAUCUUCAACCAGCCGCUGCUCAACAACCAGGUUGUCCAUUACAGGUUGGCCGAGCUGAGUACCGAGGUGGAGCUUCUCCGAUCAUUGCUGCACCGCACAGUCGCAUUGUAUAUCGAAGGGAAUGAUGUCACCAAAUUGGCAUCAAUGGCCAAACUAAAGGCUGGACGUCUAGCGAGAGAGUUGAGUGACAGCUGCCUCCAGUUCUGGGGGGGAAUGGGCUUCACCAAUGAGGUCUCUGUAAGCAGGUUUUAUAGAGAUUUCCGUCUACUCUCGAUUGGCGCCGGAGCGGAUGAAGUCAUGCUGUCGAUUAUUUGCAAAUAUAUGGGCACCCUUCCUGGCAAAAAAUGAGGCCACUUUUGAGUCGAAAGCCAAAUUCCGGGAAGAA